UUUGUUUUCAAGGUUGACAUGAACGCGGUAAACCGAUUGUAAUAUGCCGAGGCAGCGUUCAUACACUUCAACCGAACAGGACAAGACAAAGUCAGUCAAUAAAGAAUUUUUUAGUAAGCAAUACAAAUCCUUGAAGACGUAUAUCCGAAGUACUGGCUCUCAUCCUGUUCUCAACUCAGGAAUAUGCUCAUCACAAAGUCCGGGGAUACCUGGAUCUCCUGCUUCAUUAGCCGCAAAGAGAGGGGUCUUUUAUCAAGAUGACAAUGGAAAAAUUAUCAGCUUAACUAAAUCAAGGAAAUCUAAUCAUUCCGACGGCAGUAAGCUGAUUUCUGAUUCGAAAAGUAGAUUGGUACUGGACUUGUCCUCUUUGGGGCUUGACAGCGUUUCUCCGGACAUUGGGAGUCUCAGCCAUUUAAUAGAGCUUUUUUUGUAUGAUAAUAAGUUAACAUGUCUUCCCUUGCAGAUCGGACUUCUGAAGAAUCUCCAGAGAUUAUGGCUCCAAGAAAACUCCCUCACAUUUCUACCAGAUGAGCUUGGUUAUUGUUCAAAACUAACUCAUCUUGAUAUCAGGCACAACAGGCUUGAAGGUUGCAUUCCUGUUGUUAUAACAAAAUUCACUUUAAUGAAACAACUCUACCUGACUUACAAUAAAUUAACAGAUAUAUCUGCUAUUGGUAAUUUAUGUCUUUUACAGACAUUAGUAGUGAAAAGUAAUCAAUUGCAAGGACCGAUUCCAGAUUGUAUUGGAAAUCUUACGCAGUUGAAAACUCUGGAUCUGUCGAAGAAUCGUCUGACCAAAAUUACUGAAAAUAUAGGCAAUUGUAAAUUGCUAUCCCGUUUUCUUGUGGAUUAUAAUCAAAUAGAUGAAUUGCCAAAAUCAAUUGGUCAACUUUCAGAACUUACGGUACUAGGAAUUAAAUAUAACUGCUUAAGUGAACUCCCAGUUACAAUAUGUAAUUGCGAGCAUUUGACCGAACUGAAUAUUGAAGGCAAUCAUAUAACUCAGCUACCGGAAAAUCUACUGUGUCAUUUAAAAGAUUCACUUUCUGUAGUACUAUCUCGUAAUGAUUUCAAUUCUUUCCCAAUCGGUGAUAAAACUCAGUAUAAAAAUGUCAAGCAUUUCAGAUUGGAUUAUAAUCGUUUAGAAAUAUUCGAAGCAGUUCAGCUGUCAGAAAAUACUCAAUUGACUACACUAAACUUAUGCAACAAUAACGUUAUUACUUUGGACUUUACAGGAAUAGAAACAUUGAAACAUCUUGUUGAAUUAGAUCUUUCUUAUAAUCAAAUUGGUCACCUACCUGAUUCAAUUGGCGAGUUAGUAUCUUUAGAAAUAUUAGAUUUGACUAGUAAUCGCUUAGAGGGAUUACCAAAUAGAAUUGGUGAAUUGGUUAGAUUAGUACAAUUGGAAUUAGAAUCCAAUCAAAUCAAAUCAAUUCCUUUAAACAUUGGACAAUUAUGUCAAUUACAAACACUUAAUCUAGAUGUAAACAAGUUAUCUAGACUUCCGUCAACCAUAGGAAAUCUGAACAAUUUAAGGAAACUGAGAGUGAAAGACAAUCUUCUUCAACGUUUACCACCUGAAAUCGGCAAACUGCAAAAUUUAACACAUUUGUAUCUAUCAAAUAAUAAGCCACUGGAUUUGCUUCCUAUUGAAUUAGGAAUGCUGCCUUCUCUGCGAUUUCUGGGUAUUGAUGGUUGUAGUCUCAAACAGAUGCCUAUUGAUAUAACAAAAAAUGGAUCAGCCUCCGUCAUUAAGUAUUUACGUGAUCUAUUGUGUAUUCAUAGCCGAAUUUCAAUCCAUAAUGAAAUGUGUCCAGGAGUUAGUAGAAUUUCAGUUUUUCUUUUCGUUGUUGCUUGUUAUUGA